CCCGACCCGACCCCGGUGCUAUGGCCGGGAGCGGCCGGCUGGCGCUGCGGACGCUGUCCGGGCCGAGCUGGGUGCGGGGCUCGGACCCGGCAGUCCUGAGCCGCCUGCGGGAUGCGGCCGUGGUGCGGCCCGGCUUCCUGAGUUCAGCCGAGGAGGAGACGCUGAGCCGCGAGCUGGAGCCCGAGCUGCGCCGCCGCCGCUACGAAUACGACCAUUGGGACGCUGCCAUCCACGGCUUCCGAGAGACAGAGAAGUCACGCUGGUCAGAAGCCAGCCGGGCCAUCCUGCAGCGCGUGCAGGCAGCCGCCUUUGGCCCUGACCAGACGCUGCUCUCCCCAGUGCACGUGCUGGACCUAGAACCUCGGGGCUACAUCAAGCCCCACGUGGACAGCAUUAAGUUCUGCGGAGCCACCAUUGCUGGCCUGUCCCUCCUGUCUCCCAGCGUCAUGAGGCUGGUGCACACCCAGCAGCCAGGGGAGUGGCUGGAACUCCUGCUGGAGCCAGGAUCCCUCUACAUCCUCAGGGGUUCGGCCCGUUAUGACUUCUCCCAUGAGAUCCUUCGGGACGAAGAGUCUUUUUUUGGAGAGCGACGGAUUCCCCGGGGUCGACGCAUCUCUGUGAUCUGCCGCUCCCUCCCUGAGGGUAUAGGGUCAGGGGAGCCUGGACAGCCACCCCCAGCCUGCUGAGCCCCAGGCCCAUCCCCCAGCUUCUUACAGACCCCGGAUUUGUGAAUACAGUCAGAAUGGACAAUCCUGGUGGCAGUCAAGGCCAGGAAAGCAGUUUCCUUUAUUGUGAUCAUUGCUGGAGGCCUCAGCCCACCUCCCCUUCUCAUUUUCUCAGCACCCAGGUCUCUAAUAAAUAAGACAGCUGAGCUCC